UCGAUACCGAGGUGAACUAAUUGGUGGUAGAUCAUCGGAUCACGAGACAAAGCUUAACUCCAUUACUGUAGUAUAUUAACGGUAUCGAGUGAAGCGGAACUUGUGUAAACACGAUCGUGAAUAUACGUAUCGCAAAGGCGUAGAGGUGAUCAAAACAAUCUUCCAAAGGACACACGAACCUUCGACGUCAACACCUUUCCAGCGAUAUGUUUUCCGUUACACGAAAUGCGACAGUGCUGCAGUGUGUCAAAGUCUCGAAUCCAGUGUGGGUCGGUCACACCGUGGAAUGGGAGUAAGCGGUUUGAGGUGCCUUUGGGCUUCAAAGUACCGGCUACCCACGGCAGACGUGAACCCAAAGGCAUGGAUUGGUGGCCUAAUCGUCGGGUGGGUUUUUUUUACGACCGUUGGGUUUAACUUUUUUCUUCCCACUUGUAUAUUUUUCAAGCCUGAACGCCUAGGCAGGUGAGAGUGCGCAGGUGUAAUCAAACCUUUCAUGCUGUCAGGUACUCGCCGUAACGGGUGUAACACGCGUUGAAGUAGUAAAACGAUCGGGGUUGUGGUUGUGUUGUUGUGUCUGUGCAUAGCGAAUAGGAUGUCGUACCUUGGGCAAUAGCGACACGCGUUUUUACUCUGUGGAUUCGAACGGGCCUGAGGGGAUGAAAAAUUCAUUAACUUGCAAAUGUCAAGGCUUGGGUGUUUUUAUUAACUUGACGAGUCAUCGGUGGCCCGUGAUCUAAAUCAGUGUUCGACGCUUCUGUUAGGUAUAAUGUUCGGGUGAUUUAAUCGAAUGUUUUCGUGUUUUGAAACGAAGCGAAGUGAGCAAACUAUGGAUUCUUGAAGUGACUUAAAGAGAUCGAAAAUAACCAGACGAUGUGAAGUAACUUGGGUAACUCUACAAACAUGAGUAAAUUAAAAUUCGAUUGAAUCAACAUCGGUCCGUUAAGUGACCACGUAACUCAAACUGAACAUGAACUGUUUAAAUCAUUCCAUGUAAAAUUGAACUAGCAAUUUAAUUAGCUUGACCUCGUGUGAGUUCAAUCGCAUUGACAUGACUUUACGUGACCUAAGCUAAUGGGUAUUAAGUGAUACUGUGAUUCAAGUCGAAUGAUUGAGUUCUAUGAUUUCUAGAGACCUGGCAAGUGGAGUUCAAUGACUUUACGCAACUUUGAGUGACUUGGAUCAAGUUUCCACGCGUAAUCACAAGUGAUUUUAAGUGACUUCGGGAUAAUUUCAAUCAACCUCGCGAGACGUUAUGAAGUGCCUGUAAGUGGAUUUGGAAGUGAUUCCAAAACGAUGACACCUUAUUAAACGAGUUAUACGUUAUCCCUGAACCGAUACAAGCGUUCGGUUAUUCGAAGCGCGGGACUAAAUAAGAAACCCUAAUCGACUCAGCUUGGUACUUGGAAUAUCGAUUCUGGCGAUUGAAACAGUUAAGGCGAUCGGAACGGGAGCGUGAAGCGGGAAUCCUUAUACCCCGAUGGUCACAGAGGUCAGCAGGGUUGAAUGGGUGAACUAGGAGAUCUGCCCCCGGCGUCCAGUGGCAGUGGGAAUAGGAGCAGCAGCAGCAGCAGCAACAGCAGCCGGUCUCCAUUCGCAGGCACCACGAUAUUGAAAUCAACGGCUGGAAGACAAAAGUUAGCGAGAGAGCGGACACCUACCACCGGCAGGGAAAUAGCGAACCGAGUACAAUGGAACGGAAUAUAAUAGCCUCGCAUAUAGACCCUCGGUUGUACACCUUGUCGCAUCAACAUCGCUCUCAAUCUCAUCCCCACCAUCUGGUCAACUGCGCAGCUGAGCCGCAAGAGGCGCUACGAUAACCUUGAAUCCUCAAUUCAGUCAGCGUGUGAGGAUUGAGGUGGUAAAGUGAUUGAACAAGAUGUCCUGGAACGAAGAGUGCUCUGUUAUGCUGGAUGAAAAUCAUCUCGGCACAGUCAUUAAUUCAACGACGAGUCGGGUUUCUUCGAGGAACGAAAAUACGAGGACAAGGCAUCGCGGAUAUCCCAACGAGACGAGAUACGCUGAAACCCCAUUGAAGAUCCGGACCGUUCUGAGAUACAUACCUGCCGGUAAGCGGGGAGGAGAGUAUGCCAGAUGCGAAACCUCGGCGACACGAACGAUUCGAACAGCCGGUGCUCACCUUGUAUAUCCUAAUUUGCGAAGCGGAAUGGAAUAUCCGAGGAGAUUUGAUAUAAGGUGUACUUUGCACGUGGCGGAACGGGACCAGGAGGAAAAAUAUUCACAGGGUCCAACUGCCAGGGCAAACAAAUACCGUCGUAUCUUUCACCGUAUUCGCUUGAACAGCGACGAACCGAGCAACUCACGGACAAAUUGCGAGUUUAACAGACUGCUGGAUAUAUUAUGUCAUGUUCGCCUCUUUCUAUAUGAAAGGUGCAUAAAUUCAAACGGAUUGAACUCCUGAAAACCUCAGCGUUAUUCGCCGAGCAUUACACUGGGUCCGCGAUUUUCGCCACGCAAGAUUCGCGGCCCGCCAAUCUGCCAAUCUGGCGUCGCUGAGUUUGCAGAACAAUUCAUGGGACGCGAACUGGUCUGAAAGUGAAUCAAGGAAGUAACUUAUGAUACAGGAAGCUUCUUUGGGAAGUAUCCUCUCAUUCUGAUCCGGCGGUAAACAUUCUACGCCAAGAAUGUCUCAUCAGUCCAACCAGGAAUAUUUAUUCUCGUCGUAUUCUCGUCGAAGGCUACAACGUCAACUAAAGGAAGCCAGCUGUGCCAGUGACGGAUUCUCGACGUUUUAUAACUGCUUCGUUUCUCUCUUCUUGGAUAAAAAUUCAUUUCAACAAAGUUCCGACACCCGCAUUCAAUGUGCACCCAUAAUAUACAAUGCAUUCUCAGGUCGAUCCCACUUCACAGAAAUCAAACUCGAAUCAAACGCGAAUAAAAACCCCGGUGACAUUUUUGCAAAACGAAUGUAAAAUCAUUCUAGAAAAAAAAAAUCAACUUAGAUUUAAUGCAGAUGAAUUAUUUGAAAAACAGGAUAAACUAGAUCCCUGUGAUUUUGGUUUAAAAAAAAAAAUAUGGAAAAACUUUUGACGUGUAAAAAUGUGCCACAUUUUCACCUUGCGGUUAGUAGUAAAAGCAACGGUCGUAAAUAAAUUUCGUAUCAAGUCGUAACCUUGAAUCCUGGGGCCCUAAAGCAGUGCAAAUAAUCAGGUGUAAAAAGUUUUAAAAAAUGCUUUGAAUUUUGAAUGCCUUUUUCGAGAGUUCAUUUUUAAUCGUACCGUAAUAUCUGCGUUAUAUUCCCCCGCGCGCUAUCAGGCAUCGCAUUACCGCCAUCUUGACCUUGUCCUACGGAUACGUAAAUUCGCACACGCAAAUUAAAUCACGCCGCUGCGUGAAUUAUGUCGUAAUUAUUAUAUUAUACGGGUAAGAGUUCGGCAGUAUCAAGCCAAUUAAAAGUUUUGUCUAUUUAAUAUUUAUCAGUGAUUCCUGCAUAAUCCUGAAACUAACGCCGCCCGUUAUAAACCUUAUACUGCCUUCGGGAGAAAAGCGAAAUGGGGUUGGUACGGAGAGAAAAGGUGCUAACGCACGGAGGAAGAACCGACUUAUUCUAUCGAUCCUUCAAACUUUUCGAUUUAUACGAAAUAAAUCGCCCCACUGCGCGGUACGUAUUAUCAAGUUUUUUGCCCUGACAGUUGUAUGAAUAAUGCCUGAAAACUUCAUCCACCGGCUAUUUUUCUAAUAUAUAUAUAUAUAUUACGUGUGGAGAUUUACGUAUAUUUUACAUACAUAGGAACAGGCAUGUGCCAAAAGUUCCACCGAUUAUCAGCCCAGCAUCCCCAAACCGUAUAAUUGAUUUUCCGCCUCUUUAGCGGAGAUAUUUUUCAUAACAAUUGACCUGAGAAAUGGCAGUUUGUUCACAAGUAUUGAUUGCUGUAUGUAAAAAAAUUAUUACGUAUAUAAUAAUUAUUUACUCUGUCUGAAUUAAGCAUAUUUUGUAAUUUGCUGUGUUAUUUUCUUGAAGAACAAUAGAUGUUGUGGUAUUUGGAUGUGGAAUAUCAUAGUCAAUAGAAAAUGAAACACUAUUUUUUGUUAACUGAUUACACAUUUAUUCUUCCAUAAGGACAUAAAGUACAGUAGACGAAAUUUAUGGUGUUGUUGAGCUGAUGAAAAAUACAAUUAAAAUGUAAAAAAUUUGUAUACUCUAUACAUGUACUACACCAUGCUUUGUGAAGAACAUUUUUUGCAUUAUUAUAUUAUGUUUAUUGUAAGGUAAAUAUGAUUACUGUAAUAUAAAAUGAGUUGGAAUUAAAA